AUGUUAUCGAUCCCUCGCCUUCCUCAGCAACAACUUCAGCUUCAACAACAACACCAGAACAACUCUUCCAACACUCAACAGUAUCCAUAUAUCCAAGACUGCCAGUCCGAAUACAACCCAACCGCCUACUCAGACUUUUCACGAUCGAACUACGAGGACGAGCUCGCCGCCUUGAGCCAGCAGCUUCCCUCAGACCUCAUGCAGCCCGACGCCUGGGGAGCCAUCGCCCAUCAGACUCCCAGAUUCUCCCGCGCUGCCCAUCAACGCGAGUCAUCAUUGUCGUCUCUGGGCUCUUCAACUGCUGGUCCUUCUUCUCCAUUUACCCACAACACCUCGAAUCCUCAGAUCGCCAUCACCGACGUCCACGACCAGAACGGUGUCAACCCUUCCUACUAUCAGCUGGCGACCAAGUCAAUGGGUCCCUACUCCGGCUACCAGUCCUGCGGUGGCAUGGAGCAUGCCAUGCCUGAGCUGGCAUAUCCCAUCACACUCGCAGGUCCCAGCAGCAAGCCGCGGAUGGAUCGGGGAUUGAUGCACGCCCCCGACUUCUCCGGCUCAACGCGAUCACAUCCUGCCUCGGUGGCGAGUUCCAUCGCAGGUGACUCACCUGCCACUCCCACAGUUGGCGAAACCGAGCACUCGGAGAGGAGGCGAAAAGGUACAGAUUUCCUUCUGGACGGAGGCCUCAGCGACCAGCGCUCACAAUUCCUCUCAAUAGGUUACCCCAACGCACCCAAGCUUGACAGGACCAUGACGGAUGUCUAUGGCGAUGAGCUUUACAGCCCCAACUUUGCCAUCACAUCUACUCCUCCCUCGCAAGCGCAGAUGGCUGUCUCUCCCACAAACGAUGUCUUCAGCCAGCGACUCCACGCAGCCAACAGCCAGCACCUGAGCGCUGCUCACUCACCGGCCUCUAGCACUUCCCGAGACAGAUCGCCUUUCCGCGCUGGCUCUCCCCUGGCGCCUUCGCCGGCUCAUGACUUUAGCAAUGCCGCGUUCGCGCAAAAUAUGCCAUUCAACUCAGCCCAGCGCAUGCGCGAGCAGAACAAGGCGCAGCACGACGCGCAGUUCAUGCAACAGCAAAUGAGUCAGCGACAUGAGCCUGAGACCCCAAAGACAAUUUCGCCCAAGGACGCUAUUCUGGAGUUCAACGAGCCUGAGGGCGAGUCCAAUUUCCCCUUGUUUCCCCAGGGUGCUUCUGGUUUCGAGAUGGACCACUUCGCGAAGGGCAUGGUCAACCAUGGAUCUCAGGAUCCUUCGAUGCACGAUGCUAGCGCCAAUGGCCACUUCAACUUCCUCCCCACACAGGCGCCAUCUGGCAUUGUUGUACCUCAGCAGUAUCCCUUCAUCGCGCAUCCCCGCACCAGCAACGAGACCCCUCCCCGCCUGAGCUCCGCUGGAUCCAGCUCCAACGAGUCACGAAACACUACCCCUGCAACCCGUCCCAGCAGUACUACCGCAGACGGAGGCACCUACACAUGCACAUAUCACGGAUGCACUCUGCGAUUCGAGACUCCUGCGCUUCUCCAGAAGCACAAGAGAGAGGGUCACCGCCAAACACAGGCCCUGGGAAGUGCUCGUCCUCGCGACAUGGGCAUGACCUCGAGUCUGCUGAACAGUCAGGCUGGGCCCCAUCGCUGUGAUCGGAUCAACCCGAGCACGGGCAAGCCCUGCAACACCAUCUUCUCCCGGCCCUAUGAUCUCACUCGUCACGAAGACACGAUCCACAAUGCCCGCAAGCAAAAGGUGCGCUGCGAUCUCUGCACCGAGGAAAAGACCUUCAGCCGGGCGGAUGCUCUGACGAGACAUUACCGGGUGUGUCACCCGGAUGUGGAGCUCCCGGGCAAGCACCGGCGACGCGGCGGCGCCUGA